CUGACCGUCUGACCGAGACGUCCCCCGACAUUCCUCCAUUCCAUUCCGGUCCCGCUACCCGACGCCAAUGCGCCAUGGUUGACGCUGCUUCCCCCUUCCAAUCCUCCAUAGCCUGAUCCUGCUGCCGUGUCCGGCCGCCGCCGCCUCGCUUGGAGCUGUCCCUCGAGGGCCUCGCCGCCGGAGGAGGAGUAUCGCUUCUUGCUCUGCACUGUUCUGUCCCCUCCGGUGUGCCUUACUGAGGGGCGGCUCCACCGCUGACGGCGCGGUUGCCCUGAUGGGGAUUUGGUGACCGGUGGAGAAUGUUCGUCAGCCCGAACAGGAAGAUGAGUAGAUCCGCGAGCACAUUUCAAGUCCUUUUGGUUUUAGCGACGAUUGUUGCUCAGACACAAUGGGCUAGAGCUAGUGUAUCAGGCAUGCACUGCAAUGACUUGACACCAAGCGUUGAAAGGCCCCACAGUGCCUCAAUAACCGAUUUUGGUGCUGUUGGUGAUGGCACAACUCUUAACACGAAAGCAUUUCAGAAUGCACUCUUCUACCUCAACUCAUUUGCAAACAAGGGUGGGGCGCAGCUGUUUGUGCCUGCUGGAAGGUGGUUGACCGGGAGUUUUAGUCUAAUCAGCCAUCUCACGCUGUCACUGGACAAGGAUGCAGUAAUUCUUGGAUCACCAGACUCAUCUGACUGGCCAGUUAUUGAUGCUCUUCCAUCCUAUGGACGUGGUAGAGAACUCCCUGGUAAAAGACAUCAAAGUUUGAUAUUUGGGUCCAAUCUUACUGAUGUGAUAAUAACUGGUACUAAUGGUACCAUUGAUGGCCAAGGUGCAAUUUGGUGGGACUGGUUUCACAACCACACUUUGAAUUAUACUAGACCACCCCUCGUCGAACUGAUGUACUCUACCAGAGUUAUUAUUUCCAAUCUAACCUUUAUAAAUUCGCCAUUUUGGAAUAUCCAUCCUGUAUACUGCAGCCAAGUCCUUGUCCAGCAUCUCACGAUCUUAGCACCUAUCAGUUCACCAAACACUGAUGGCAUUGAUCCAGACUCAUCUACAAACGUCUGCAUUGAAGACUGUUACAUCAGGAAUGGCGAUGACAUUGUCGUCAUCAAGAGUGGGUGGGAUGAAUAUGGCAUUUCAUUUGCUCAUCCUAGCUCCAACAUUAGCAUCCGCAACAUCACAGGACAGACAAGGAACAGUGCUGGAAUCGCUUUUGGAAGCGAGAUGUCAGGUGGCAUAUCAAAUGUUCGAGCAGAGGGUAUUCACAUAGUCAACUCAGUGCAUGGGAUCAGAAUCAAGACAGCCCCAGGGCGUGGAGGAUAUGUGAAAAAUGUGUAUGUAGCUGAUGUGAGCUUGGACAACGUUUCCAUAGCCAUCAGGAUCACUGGAAACUAUGGUGAACAUCCUGACGAGAACUACAACAAGAAUGCACUCCCCACCAUAAGCAACAUAACUAUCAAGAAUAUUGUGGGUGUCAAUAUUGGUGUUGCGGGAAUGUUGCAAGGCAUCUCAGGGGAUAACUUCAGCAAUAUUUGCUUAUCAAAUGUUUCCCUCAGUGUCAGAUCCACGAAUCCAUGGAAUUGUUCACUUGUCGAAGGGUAUUCGAACUCUGUGUCACCUGAGAUAUGUGAGCAACUUAGAAAAGGUCCUGGGCCUGGACAAGUAUGCUAUGAUGGCAAUAGCUAUCCAGCAGCAGCAGCACAACCCCAGUCGCCACAGAAGUCAAGUGCUAGCCGAUUGGUAAAUCCUUUCUUUUGCACAAGUUGGUUUCUCUGUAGGUAACCAUUGAGUAUAUCUACUUGAUGCAUUUGUUUCCUUGUUUCCCCAGCGGUUUGGUAAUUGUACUUUAAUGGAUCAGUGUUUUGUACUCAUGUUAUUCCAAAACCUUCUUGUAAGGGUAUGUAGGUACUGAUUAUUAGUGGAAAUGAAAUAAAUAUGUUUGGCUUGACGAACAAGGAAA